AUGGCUGCAAGCAACAAUAAUCCGAGGUCCAUAAUCGUGACGUUGAUCCUUCUCGCCUUCGUUUUAUCUCCAAUCUUACCAACAUGCGAUGCACGGUACACUGUUUUUCGAGAGGUACUUGCAAGUAGGCCUAUAUGCCCUGCUUGUGUGUGUUGUGAGCCUCCACCCAAAGACUCGUGCUGUAGAUGUUGCUCUUCACCGAUCGCUGUUCAAAAUCACGGCGCGCCGUGA